AUGCCGGACCUGAAUACGUUUCUCCUGUCGAAGAAAAAAGGAUUGAGUGCAGAAGAGAAGAGAACUCGUAUGAUGGAGAUCUUUUUUGAGACGAAAGAUGUAUUUCAGUUGAAAGAUAUGGAGAAGAUUGCUCCCAGAGAGAAAGGAAUUACUGCUAUGUCAGUAAAGGAGGUACUGCAAAGCCUUGUUGAUGAUGGUAUGGUGGACUCUGAGAGAAUUGGGACAUCUAAUUAUUUCUGGGCUUUUCCAAGCAAAGCAUUGCAUGCCAGGAAACGAAAACUGGAGACAUUGUCAACUCAGUUUUCAGAGGGGAAUCAGAAGAAAGAGAAUCUACAACAAAGCAUCAAGAGAGCCAAAAUUGGCCGGGAAGAUACGGAAGAACGUGCCUCACUUUUGAAGGAGAUUGCUUCCCUCCAGCAGCAGAAGGAGCAGCUAAAGGCUGAAUUAGAAAAAUACAAAGAAUGUGAUCCUGAAGUUGUAGAAGAAAUACGGCAAGCAAAUAAAGUAGCCAAGGAUGCUGCUAACAGAUGGACUGAUAACAUAUUUGCUAUAAAAUCUUGGGCCAAAAGGAAAUUUGGAUUUGAAGAAAGUAAAAUUGAUAAAAACUUUGGAAUUCCUGAAGACUUUGACUACAUAGACUAAAACACCCUGUUCUAGAUUACUUGUGUGUAUAUAUGUGUAUUAAUAUUGUCCUUUCAGGAUUAUCAAAAUGUCAU